CUAAAACCGCUCUAACUUACUGUGUGUCCUUUAGUUUUGUGCUUUUUAGGAAUUACUCUGAAACACACCUUUAAUUAAUAAGCAGAGAGCCAAAAAAAAAGCAUCAUCGUUAUCAUAUCCAUCCUUAUUAGAAAAGGAGAGAGAUAGAAAGAAAAUCAGCAAAAAAUCGUCUUCUCAUUUUCAAAACCUUCCUCAUCUCUUCAAAUUUUAAAUUAAAUGGACACCUUAGUUCAUCAAAUCUCACCACCAAAUUUCCCCAAAAACCAAAACCCCCAGCACCACCAUAAUCAUCAUCACCCUUCUUCCCCCUUAGACCAACAACAACAUCCGCAAGAUCAAGCUGGGAUUGGAAGUGUUUCAUCACUGCUACUAGCAAUGAACACCAAUAUCAACAACAAGCCCAACAACAAUAACGACAAACGCUAUGUGCCUCUUUUGGUGGUGAAUUACUUAUGUCUCUUUGUGGGUUCGGUGUCAUCAAGCUUGCUCUCAAAGUACUAUUUCAACCACAAAGGUUCAAGCAGAUGGGUCUCGACUUGGGUUCAGUGUGCUGGUUUCCCUCUCCUUCUAAUCCCAAUUUUCGUUCCAUAUCACCUCCUCAAAUUCACUGAGAGAAAACCCUUUACCCGUUUCACACCAAAGAUCACAAUCAUAUCAAUAUUCAUAGGCUUUUUGUUAGGCAUAAACAACCUUCUAUUCUCAUGGGGAAAUUCUUAUCUCCCAGUCUCAACCUCCUCACUCCUCCUCUCAUCCCAACUGGCAUUCAAUCUCAUCCUCUCGGUCAUAAUAGUGAAGCAGAGAAUCACAUUCUCGAAUCUCAACUGCGUGAUCCUUUUAACACUGAGUUCCGUACUAAUAGCCUUGGGCUCCAACAAUGACAAACCCCAAGGCCUUACCCGGUCCAAAUACUUCAUUGGAUUCUUCUCAACGAUUGGUGCUGGUUUGCUCUUCGCUCUUUACCUUCCAUUGAUGGAGAAGUUGUUCAGGAGAGUGUAUUGCUUCGAGAUGGUGAUGGAAAUGCAAUUGGUGAUGGAGAUCGCCGCCACGGUUUUGGCGACCAUUGGAAUGGCAUUGGAUGGUGGGUUCUCCGAGAUAAGGAAUGAGAGCAAAAAAGUGUUUGAUAAAGGAGAGAAGGUGUACUGGGUUACGGUUUUCUCGAACGUGGUGACGUGGCAGUUGUGCUUCAUGGGUACGGCUGGGAUGGUGUUUUUGACAUCUUCGAUUACAGGUGGGAUUUGCAUGACGGCUUUGAUGGGCAUGAACGUGUUGGGUGGUGUCCUGGUGUAUGGGGAUGAGUUUGGGGGUGUGAAAGCGGUUUCGACUGUGCUUUGUGUUUGGGGUUUUUGUUCUUAUGUUUAUGGUAUGUAUAUCAAAAUGAGAGAUGAUAAGAGAAACAAUAGUAGCGGUGCUACUACUGCUACUACUACUAUGGAGAUGGUGAAUAAUAACGAUGGUGGUGUUUGAUUUUGAAAAACCAAAAAACCAAAAAAAAAAUAAAAUGAAAAUGGUGUUUGUCGGAGGAAGAUAAUUAGAUAAGUGUUUGUGUAUAUGUUUUUCUUUUUUCUUUUUCUUUUUUUUUUUAUGUGUAAUUUUAGGGGUUUGGAAAAACUUAAUUUUGGGAGUUUGGAAUUAAUCAUUACUAUUACUAUGCUUAUAUAUAACAUCAUCCAUAUAUAUCAUCUGCUGUCAUUAUCAUUUUUUAAUUGUUGUCUUGUC